UCUCUGAACCCCCCACCAUCUCCAACAGAAGACUCUGGUUUUCAUAGUAUGAGAAGUAAGAAAAAGUUAAGUGUCCCUUGUUCCCCACUCUCUUCAGUAACUAAGCACAAUUUCACAUCAUGUGGGUCUCUCCCAAUAACCUCCAAAUACACCAUCAUAUAAUAUUUCAGACCCAGCAAUUGAUUAUUAUAAAGCGACCUUCCCACUACUCUCAAUCAUUUCAAACCCAUUUAUCUCUAUACAAUCUCAUAAACCUCCCCUUUUAAGCUCUCCUCCCCGUACCUCCCUCCCCAUAAAUACCCUUAACACCUGUGACAUUACUUUCAAACAAGUGCCAUAUAUCCCAUCAGAGAGAUCAGUUUCGAGUUUCAGCCAUGUCCACCACAGCCCUUUCAGACCCAUGUAAAUUUUACAAGAAAUCAUUCCACCGAAGGAAUGAUUCUGGUGAGCUUGACGUGUUUGAGGCUUCGAGGUACUUCUCUGGAUACCAUGAAGCUGCUGGCUAUAAUGGUACAAACUUUACUCAGAAGAUCGGGAGAGAUGAAAGGCAGGGUUAUAGAGUAGGCAGAAUGAGCUUAGAUAUGCCAAUGAGAAACUCUCUUCCUCAACAACAUCAUGGGGUGGAAAAACAAAUGAAAGAGAAGAAGUACAAGCAACCUAGCUCUCCAGGUGGGAGGCUCGCUAGUUUCUUGAAUUCUCUCUUCAGCCAAUCAGCUUCUAAGAAAAAGAAAUCAAAAUCGGCCUCACAGUCUAUGAAAGAUGAAGAGGAGAGCCCUGGAGGAAGAAGGAAGAGGAGGAGCAGCAUUAGUCAUUUUCGAAGCUCAAGCACAGCGGAUUCCAAGUCUAUAUAUUCUUCUUCAAGCUCAGGUUUUAGAACACCUCCUCCUUAUGCACAAACACCUACAAAGAGCUAUAAGGAUUUUAGAAGCUAUUCAGAUCAUCACAAACAAGUGGCGUCUUUGUCAAAGAACAGUGGUCAGGCAAGAUCCACGACCUUACAUAAUGAGGUCUUGGAUGACAAGAUUAGAAACAAAGAAUUAUCUUGGUUGGACGAAAAUUUCACAUUCAGCAAUGGGUUCCCAGAAAAAAACAAGAAUAUUGGAAGCGGAUAUUCGGAGAAAGGUAGGAUUUGGAUGGACAAAUAUCCGUCAGAAGAGAAGGAAUUUCGGAAAUUUGGUGAGGUUGAUGAUGGUGCAGAAAGUGAUUCAAGUUCUGAUCUGUUUGAGUUGCAAAACUAUGACUUGGGUGACUAUUCAAGUGGUCUGCCUGUCUAUGAAACGACCAACAUGGAUAGCAUCAAGAGAGGAGCACCAAUUUCCAAUGGCCCUCUAUGAUACUGUAUAUUUACCCUUGUUAAUUGGUUCUUAGUUAUUGUUGAUGUAAGAAUCAUGAGAGAAAGAAAGUCUCCAAUAGUUUGCUUUUUUGCCCCUUCUCUUAUCCUCUUUGAUAGUACUUCCAGUUCUUUUCUUUGUAUGUACAGUUUGGAAUGUUUGUUUGUCUU